AAACCGGUUCGCUAGCUCGGAGGAAGCCGGUUUUAGCUGGUGCGUCACCUUGGAAACCACGUCACUAUAUAUAGGGCUGCGAUCCGGCGCCGGCUUUGACUCUGUUUGUUCGCCGGUAGAUCACCACAGCCGUUCGUGUGCGGGACAACGCCGAUAUUAUUCAUUUCCAGCACUCUGGUCUAAUGGGAAAACUCUUUGUAAAUGCGUUUUAAGAAUUCUUGCUUGGGAGACGUGCACACUGGCCCUGGCCUUGAGGCUUAUCUGAAAGGAUUCAACUUCACUGGUGAACCUCCUUGGCUGUUCGACAUCUGUUAGCCACAUUAUAAUUCCAUCUCUUCCAUUCAUCUGUUUCUUUUGCAAACAAAUCUUGAACAAACACCAUGACCUCUUUGACUGGAUCAGACUUUGACUUCGCCUUCCUGGAGGAGGGCUUCUGUUCACGUGAUAUCGUGGAACAGAAGAUCAAUGAGUCGUUGCUAUCAGAUGACAAAGACGCUUUCUACGUGGCUGACCUGGGUGACGUCCUGAAGAAGCACCUCCGUUGGCUGCGUGUUUUGCCCCGCAUCACACCCUUCUAUGCGGUGAAGUGCAACGACAGCAGGUCUGUCAUCACGACGCUGGCUUCCCUGGGAGCCGGAUUCGACUGCGCGAGCAAGACCGAGAUCCAGCUCGUGCAGUCUGUGGGUGUGGAGCCGAGCAGGAUCAUCUACGCCAACCCCUGCAAGCAGGUGUCUCAGAUCAAGUACGCCUCAGCUCACGGAGUGCAGAUGAUGACGUUCGACAGUGAAGUGGAGCUCAUGAAGGUGGCACGAAGCCAUGAGAACGCCAAACUGGUUCUCCGUAUCGCCACAGACGACUCGAAGGCGUUGUGCAGGUUGAGCGUGAAGUUUGGCGCCACGUUAAAGAGCAGUCGUCUGCUGCUGGAGAGGGCGAAGGAGCUCGGGCUGGACGUGAUUGGAGUCAGUUUCCACGUGGGCAGCGGUUGCACCGACCCCGAGACGUACAGCCAGGCCAUCUCCGACGCGCGCUGUGUUUUUGACAUGGGGGCCGAACUGGGAUACGUCAUGACCCUGCUUGAUAUUGGAGGAGGCUUUCCAGGCUCCGAUGACACCAAACUGAAAUUUGAAGAGAUCGCUGCUGUGAUUAAUCCUGCACUGGAUAAAUAUUUCCCCGUUGACUGCGGCGUGAGGAUCAUUGCCGAACCGGGCCGCUAUUACGUAGCGUCCGCUUACACGCUGGCUGUCAACAUCAUCGCCAAAAAGGUCAUCAUGAAGGAUCCAUCGGCCUCAGACGAGGAGGACGGGGCCAAUGACAGAACCCUGAUGUACUACGUGAACGAUGGCGUUUAUGGUUCCUUCAACUGUAUUCUGUACGACCACGCUCAUGUCCUGCCAACUCUGCACAAGAAACCCAAGCCUGAUGAGUGCAUGUACCCAUGCAGCAUUUGGGGCCCGACCUGUGACGGGCUGGACCGCAUCGUGGAGCAGUGCAGCCUGCCUGACAUGCAGGUGGGCGACUGGCUGCUGUUCGAGAACAUGGGUGCCUACACUGUAGCCGCAUCCUCCACCUUCAACGGCUUCCAGAAACCAGAUAUUCAUUACAUCAUGUCCCGCACUGCCUGGCAGCGUAUGCAGCAGAUCCGUGCUCAGGGGAUUGCACUUCCUGCUGGGGAGCAGUGCGCUGGAAACAUGCCAUCCCACUGCGGACGCGAGAGCACGCUGGAUGUGCCGGCCAAGCCCUGCCCUCCUCAAGUGCUGUGAUGCUCCUCGAUGCAGACCGGCGGAGCGAGAGCCAGUUCUCAUUCAGACAGCGCUUAAUCGUAGUUCUCCAGUGAUUUGCACCCGAAGCCUGUCUUGAGGGUCCACCGUAUUCAAAAAUGUGCUGUUGAAUAACAAGCUAACUUUCUGCUCUAAAUGCAGCUGUUUUUCCACUUUAAGUUGCUAAUGCAAUGCUCAAACCUUGAAAGACGCACAGAAAGGCUCACAGUCCUGUGGCUGUUUCUUUUUCUUUAAUAUAUAAGUAAUCUACUUGUAAAUCAUGAGGCCAGAUGACUUGACUGGAGGAUAAGAGGGAAGUUUAAUUGUAUGUGUAGUUUUCUGUGUUGGAGGAAGGUUUAUCAGGAAGCUCGUGCUAAAUUCUGUUGAGGGGAUUGUUGGGAGAACAUUUCAUAAGAAGGCUACUCUUCAAUCUUUGAAAAUUAGAGCUUCCUCUUCACACAGACUCAUACAGAUAUCUUCCUCCUCGGUGACCAUUUCCAUUUUAUACUUGAUUAGUAAGUUAAUAUUAUUUUGACCUGAAAUCUGUAUUAUUGACCUGAAAUGUAUGCCACUGAAGCAUUUGAAAUGGAUUUGAAAGAGAUGGGAUUGCUUCUGAAUUGCUUUCCUAUGGAAACUUUUUUUUUUAAGUUUUGUAUUUUUAUAUAAAUAAAUGUAGAGUGAUUUUG